CCUUCUCUGGGCGGCCGGGAGCAAGACGCGCUUGGAAAGCGACAGGGUUUAGCGGAGGGAAGGGCCCGGCAGGCAGCCUUCGGGGCUUGCGCAUCUCGGCUCUCCGUGGAGGCCCCCAGCUGGCUCCGGCGUUGCGGAAGCCCUUUGGUGGGUGGCUGCCUGCAGCUGCGUGGGACGAGGCGGGAGGCCAAGAGGCGAGGCGGGUCUUUUGUGCGAGAGGCGGCUGCCGCAGAGGGGCGGCCUUGCCUGCUCGGGCUGGGUCUGGCUGCCUCUUCCUGCCCCUCGCAGUCGAGGACGAGGCGGGCUCUGGAGCAUCCUCGCCAAGAAGGAGCCGGAGGUCGGGGUUUUUGUUCCGCGGGGCUCAACCUUCCUGCCAUGGCAACGAUCGUGGCCGAGAAGCUCAGCCAUCUGUUCAUCAACGUCCAGCACCUCUGGAAGGUCCCUCGGCUCCUGGAGAAUGCCCUUUCUUCCCCACCCUGCACUGUGGGGGUGUCAGAUGUGCCCCACCUUUUCCGGAAGCCGUACAUUCACACUGGCUACCGCCCUCUCAACCGGACCUGGAAGUACUAUUUCCUGUCUCUUUUCCAACAACACAACGAGGCGGUCAAUGUCUGGACACACCUGGUGGCCGCCGUGAUCCUUCUGGUGAGGUUCUGGCGGCUCUCCCAGGUGGUGGAUUUCCUCGGUGACCCGCACACACAACCCCUCUUCAUCAUUGCUGUCUCCUCCAUCGUCUACUCAACGUUCAGCACUCUGGCACAUCUAUUGCAAGCCAAAUCGGAGUUCUGGCACUAUGCAUUCUUUUUCUUGGACUAUGUGGGUGUUGCCACUUACCAAUAUAGUAGUGCCUUGGUACAUUACUAUUAUGCCAUUGAGCCAGAGUGGCACACCCGGGUUGUGAGCUUCUACGUGCCAGGGGCAAUCCUGCUAGCUUGGCUCUCCUGUACGGGUUCCUGCUAUUCAAAAUAUAGGUGCCCGCAGCUCUCCUCUCUGCAGAGCCGGCUGUGCCAGGAAAUGCCCUCAGCGGUGGCAUACGCUUUGGACAUCAGCCCAGUGGUUUACCGCAUUUAUGCCUCCUCUGGGCUAGCGGACCCAGCCGUUUUGUACCACAAGUGCCACGUGCUCUUUUUUCUUAUUGGGGCCUUUUUUUUCGCCUACCCAUACCCCGAGAAAUGGUUUCCUGGCAAGUGCCAUUUUGUCGGCCAGGGGCAUCAGAUCUUUCACAUCUUCCUGCUGCUCUGCACCCUGACCCAAGUGGAGGCAGUGCUUCUGGAUUACGAGACGAGGCGACCCGUCUACACUAGUCUGCAUGGCGGCCUGGCCCCUGUUUUUUCUGUCUUGUGCCUUUUCGUGGUGACAUCCUGCAGCUUCACAGCCCUCUACAUGACUAGCAAAGUGAAACGCAAGCUGGACGACAAGGACAAAUGAAAAAACAGCAGUGCUGAGAGCUGAUCUGCCGGUUUCCCUGUUGGUGUCAUCUGGGGAACGUCCACAUGGUUGUACUUUGGGGAUUGGAUGUUCUCUCUGAGAUGGCUUUAACUUUUGGAGGGUCUUUCCCCUCCCUGCAGAAGAUCUGCCUGUUCCCUGCCGGGGUGUGUUGGUAUCUCAGUUUCUUGAUUCAUCCUGGAACUUGAGUAGCAGGACAGUGGCUUGGAGGUUGUGCUGGGGCAGAGUGGGGCUGGGAAGAGCACUGUGGCCUCUGGGCAGCUGCCACAAAGGGGCGUUGCUUCCAAAAAGCUGAUCUGUUCCCAGGGAGAGUACAUUGUUCAUAAAAUUUCCACUAUCUUUCACCCUUCUUCCUGCUGUUCUCCUAAGUGGUGAAAAGAGCUGUAGGGAAUGUGGCUUAGGAGUUCAGGACUGGGCUUGGGGCGCACUUCGGACAGCUGCUCCCCUUGUUUCAUAUAGGCGUCAAUCAGUGGUAGUUCAGCACGCCUGACCUCUAUGGUCAUAGACUUGAGAUUCUGGCAGGGAUUCAAGCAGCUGUGGUGCCUUGACAUCUGUCUUCAAGGCCAGAGUGUCCCAAAGGAGCAUAUUCCCAUUUUCCCCCCAGAAACCAUUCUCACAGUUCCUGUAAUGGUCUGCAAUGGGUUUCUGGCAGUUCAGGAUCUUGCCACGUGGGUAUGCCUUACAGAGAAGUUAUCUGUGGCUGUUUGGAUGAGGUGAAGCUACCAGUGGCUCGUAAUAUUUUUAGCAUGAAGAUGACUAUGCCUUUGUCUCACCAAAAGAUAGAAGCUCAAUUGUGACCAAAUACCCCUCUUCUUCCUGUGGAAUGCUCCACUGUGGGCGUGGCUCUUCAGGGGCAGACCUGUGGGCGGAGCAUUCCACAGGAUGAAGAGGGGUAUUUGGUCACAAUUGAGCUUCUGUCUUCCAGUGUGACAAAGUGUAGGCCUGUUCUGGGCAUAUGGGGCUUUAUAAUGUAACCAGGCAUAGAAAAGGGGGUGGUGGGGAAUAUUCAAUGGCUGGCUUCCAAAAUAUACGGAGCACUGCCAUGUUGAAUGGGGUCAAAAGCCCAUCUAGUUCAGUACUCUCUCUGUCUUUCUCUCCCUCUGUCUCUCUCUCUCUUUGAAGGCUCCAGGAGGGUGGGCUGGUGCCAGACCAACCCUUCCUGAAUGUGGGUUGGAUCCUGUUGAUCUGCUAGAGAAGGCAGAUAGAUUCUCCUUUGGUAGAAGGAGUCUUCUGUUGAUGCAAUACACUGAAUCUACAAGAUCUGAACCUGUUUCACACCCUUUAAAAAUCUGAUAGUGACCAUCACUAUAUCUUGUGCCAACAAACUCCUUUUUAAACUAUGCUUCUUGUAAACACCGUCCUUUUUGAUUGCCUUUUAAUGAUGCUUAUAGCAUGUUCAUCAUAUGUUGCGGUUCUUCCAGUUGUAAACUUGAAUGUCACACAAAUGAGUCAGUAGAAACACUUCAACAUCUGUUGGUACAGUGAUGUGUUUAAAUCCUGGGGAACCUUUGAAACAUGGGUGAGGAUGGAAUGUAGCAGGACCAUUCACCUGACUUGAUGUAACUCAGCACUUCAAAAUAGUUGUGUGAACUGGCAGACAAUGAUUGUUCCAGAGUUUUGGGGUCAAGGUGUCAAUCUGGAUUCCAGCACCAUGCAUGGUGGGUGAGAGUGGUUGGAAACUGGAUGAUCCUCAACCAUAUGACCCGUAAGAGCUUAGUCUGAAGCUCAUUUGAGUCCCCUGCUUUCAAUGGGACUGAAAGCCAAAUUUCAGCUAUAGGUUCGUUACAGAAUAAAAUCAGGGGAAUCCCAUGCUAGAAUACCUCCUGUUUUUGGAAGGAGGAAGGAAAAGCCAAAUCCUCGCAUGUAGAAAUUUAGCACAUCAAGGAAAAGUCAAGGUUAGAAUACUGAUAUUCCAGCUUUUCAUAUGUAGUGACCUUUUCUAUUGAGUGUUCUAAUAUGUGUUCUUCUUCUGCAUUAUGUUAAGAGGGCUGUAGCAGAGUUUGCAGCAUGGAUGAAAAUUUGGCUUAUGUGGACACUUUAUAGAGUGCAAUUCAGAUUUGUAAAGAGAAAUUUUGGUGAAUGCCUCCUCUUCUGAAAGACAAUAUGUUUGUUGGUUUCAGUUUUCCCCACCUGUCCAUCUAAUGCAGGGGUCUCUAACUCUAGUGCUUCAGAUGUUCAUGGACUACAAUUCCCAUCAGCCCCUGCUGGCUGAUGGGAAUUGUAGUCCAUUGACAUCUGAAGUGCCAGAGUUGGACACCCCUGAUCUAAUGUUUGGAUCCUGAUGCUCUUUGUUUCUAUAAACUGUUUUCACAUA